AUGAAGUCUUUUGUGAUUUUUCUAACUUUGUUUAGCUUCGGUCCUUUGCCACAAUGGAUUUCCACCACUUCUGGAUAAAUAUUGUCUCCUAAACACAGAUUUAAAUUGGUAUGAUGACACUAGCUCUUCUUAUAUGGCAAAAAUUUUCGACAGUUCUGGAAAACUUUUAUGCGGAGGCACGCUUAUUCAUAGAAGAUACGUUUUGACAGCCGCGCAGUGCAUUGAUGGACGAACAAAUUUAUUCGUGACUUUGGGAAACGGCAAAAUCUUAAAUCCGAAUGAAACUGAUCGUCAUGUAAACAGGACCAUAAUUCAUCGCGAUUAUAAUAAAACAAACUUGGCGAAUGAUAUAGGUAUAUUGGUACUUGAUAGAGAAGUACAUUUCAAUGUGGACAUCCAGCCAAUAUGUAUCCUCUUGGGUACAUAUUAUGUGGGGCCGAAUGCGAUGAGGGGUUUGUAUGCAAUCGGGAGGCAAGAGACCAGUAUCUCACGUGAAUCUGUAGACCCCCUCUUUGUCCCUUUGCUCGAUCACAAUCCAAGGACUUGCUCCCGGGAUUCUCCCCUUUCUGAAGGACAAGUGUGCGCCGUUUCCAGGCUCAACAAGACAUGUGAACUGUAUACUGGAGGUCCUGUAGCUAGAAAAAUCAACUACUAUUGGCCCUGGGCCAACGCACAGUUUGGCAUUAUCAGCUCUGGCUUCUCAAAUUGUAAUGCCACUGGCCUUUUCACGGACCUUUUCAACUACACACAAUGGAUAGUGGACAACGUGGUGGAUUUAUCAUGAUUAUUAUGACUACAUAGGGUAUGCAUAAGUUGCCUCGAAAGAUGAAAUGCUAAGACGAACAAUAAAUAUUUUAAUUAAUUAGCCUCUUUGUUCAGACAUCAUAAUGAUUCUAUUGAGCGACAAAAACCUAAUUUCCUGAUAA